AAACAAAGCAGCUUGGAAGAGGGGGUUUACUAUCUAGUUCUUCUCCAAGGGCAGCGAAAGAAAGAAAGAAAGAAUGGCGAAACCCCAGAAAUCAUCAAACGUGACGGACGAUCUACACGAGGCGGCAAGGUCAGGCGACCUCAUAGCCGUUCAGACAAUUUGCAGCUCCAACCCCUUGGCAGUCAACUCCAGAGAUAAGCACUCCAGGACCCCACUACAUUUAGCAGCGUGGUCUGGGCAAGCACAGGUGGUGAACUAUCUCUGCAAGAACAAGGCUGAUGUUGGUGCCGCAGCUAUGGACGACAUGGGUGCCAUCCACUUCGCCUCCCAAAAGGGUCAUUUAGAAGUUGUGCGGACACUUAUUUCAUCCGGGGUCUCAGUCAAAGCUUCUAAUCGCAAGGGUAUGACUGCUCUUCACUACGCUGUCCAGGGGUCUCAUCUGGAACUAGCCAAGUACUUGGUGAAGAAAGGCGCAAGUCUUAGUGUCAAAACAAAAGCAGGGAAAACUCCACUUGAUCUAGCUAGUAGCGAGGAGAUCCGCUUACUUUUGGUAGAAUGUGGGAAGCAAUCCGAGAGAGGAGAUUUAAAAGGUGAAGAGAAAGCGACAGAAACUCAUCCAAAAUCACCACCGCCGGGAAAAGCAGAGGGCUUUGAAGGUGAAGUUGCCGUGGAUAGGCAUGAAGAAGAAGAAGAAAGUAAGAAAGAUGAAUCGAUCAAGAGGAAAGGUGAUGAAGAAGGUAUCAAGGAAACCACGCCAAAGCCAAAGAAGGCAAAGGUCAAUCUUAAUCAUCUUGUAGCCUCAGAUGACACAGGAGGAGAGGAAGAAACAUAAUAGACUCUCUUUUUUUGGUUUUUUGGUUUUCAGGUUUAUUGACCUGCAGUUGAGAAAAUGGCAAAACAUUAGGUUUAACUUGUGUUUUUUGGUUAGCUUCGCCCUAAUAUGGAAAAAUGACUCUAUUCAAGGUGCAGUAUGUAUCCUUCUAAGAAUAGCUUCACCUUAUUAUGGCUUUUUAUGUUGGAAGAGUUAGUUUUUGCAUGACCA